UUCAGCUCAGUUCAGACUCUCAACAAAGUGAAGUUUGGUUCGUGUCGACCUGAACGACAACAUGCUGCGACGGUGUGUUGUGUUGCUGCUCCUUGCUCUCACUGCUGUUUCUCUGGCAGCUCCAGUCACUGAUCAACCAACAGAUAAAGAUUUAGAGAAUGUUAAAAACCUGCUGAGGAGCCGGGAAGACUCACAGACAGCUUCUGCUGACAACAAAGCAACAGAUGACACAAGCACAGGUGCCUCAGGUGUGUCUGUCAGUCCUGAUACAGACGACACCAACACCUCCACAGACACUGCAGAUGACACUAACAACACCUCCACAGACGCUGCGGAUGUUGCAGAAGACAGCGAAGACAAGAGUGACGUAAACACUACCGAUAAGUCUGACAAUGAGACUGAUGCUGAGCAACAGGAGAAAGAUGAUUCUACAACUGAGGCUGAUGUAGAUGAGGAUGAUAGUAAGGAUGGUGAUGUCGAUGAGGAUGAUAGUAAGGAUGAUGAUGUGGAUGAGGAUGAUAGUAAGGAUGAUGAUGUGGAUGAGGAUGAUAGUAAGGACGAGGAUGAGACUAAGGAGUCUGAGGAUCUGGCUCAGGAAGAGGAUGAAAGUGAGGUUGAGGAUGAAACUAAGGAGUCUGAGGAUGAGGAUGAGACUCAGGAGGAAGAUAAAAUUGAGGAUAGGGAUGAUGUAGAUGAGGCUGAUAGUACGGAUGAAGAUGACACUAAGGAGUCUGAGGAUCAGGGUCAGAAGGAGGAUGAUAGUGAGGGUAAUGAUGACACUAAGGGGUCUGAGGAUAAGGACAAGUCUGAGGAGGAAGAUGAUAUUGAGGCCAAGGAUGAGACUAAGGGGUCUGAUGAUGAGGAUCAGGGUCAGGAGGAGGAUGUUAGUGAGGAUAAGGAUGACAUUCAGGAGUCUGACACUGAGGUUGAAGGAGAGGAUCAAAAUGAAGACGCUGCAGCAGGAGGGGAGGAGAGCUUGUCUGAGGAGGACAGCGACGUUUCAGACAGAAUGGAAGGAGCUAGUGAUGAGGACACAGACAAGGAAGACACAGAAAGCAUGAAUGUAGAUGAGGAAGAUGAAAGUGGAAAUCAAGGUAAGGAUGACAGUGACGAGCCUGAAACAACAGAGGCUGACAGUGAUGCAGACUUGUCAGCAGAAGAGGAUGAGGAGGAUGUUUCAGAAAGUGAAGCUGAGGGUGACAGCACUGAACCAACAGAUACAAACAUGCCAGAAGACGAGGAAGAGCAGCAGAGUGCUCUCUCCACCGAAGCGACACCGGCUGACCAACCAGAUAAGACAGAUGACCACGCCACCACUGACGUCAUGAAUUAGACGCUUGGACUCUGGGGGAGCUCAGCAACUGCAGAGCCGGCCCCACAGUGGACUCAGUUACCAUGACAACAACAAUAAGAACUGCAGCUUAACUUCAACCUCCAGCUUCCAUUUUAUCAAUCAAUCCAUAAAUCACUGUGUUUAUCACAUGUAAUUAUAUAAGGCUCAGUCUCUACUGUCUUCAGGCUUUGAUUCCAUGUCUUUAACCUGUCUCACUGUCUGCCUGUCUGUCUGCUCUGUGCUCACACGUGUACAUACAGUUAUCGUUUACCUGCUGACCUGAGAUCUGCUCUGUGUUCACAUCUUUUACUGUACAAACAUUCAUGAAGGACGAACGAUUGUCUGUCUGUCGGAGGAACUGCUAAUAAAGUCUGAAUUUUCU